AUGGCAGAAAUUGAAAGUCUUGAUUCGAAAGAAAGUGAAGUAGAAAUAAAUGAACAAGAUAUUGCGAAUGAUGGAUCUCUUUGGCAACAAAUGCAAGUAGGUGACACACCUGGAAAAGCACCACUUCAUAACAUUUUCAAGCAAGAAGUAGGCCCAACAGUAUAUGCAAAACGUCAUAUAAUGGAAGGUAAAGUUAUUACUGCAUUUUCAUUGACAAUUGAUCACCGUAUUAUGAACCAUAUAAGAACAUGCACAAUAGAAGAAGCAAAGAGAGUGUUAGGUUCUGAUUGGAGUUUAUUUAAAAAAAAAUUAGAAUUUAUUGCAAUUUUAUAUGCUCGAGCUGCAUAUGGAGCAAUUAAUUUGAAUAUUUCCUUUUUGUGGAAUCUUCCUGAUUAG